AUGCAUUCCAAGUGGAUAACAUUGGCAAUUGUACUAUUACUUGCCUUUGGCAAUAUUUGUGAGUCUCGAUUUUUAUCGAAACCAAAGAGUAAUAAGACGGCUAAUAAUGAUGAAAAUAAGCACAAUCCAAUAACAAAUGGCACUAAUUCGUAUGAUGAAGAGGAAGAAAGCGAUGGAGGGAUGAGAUCUUUAUUAGAUUGGCUAAAGGAUAUACUAUUUGGUAACAAAAACGGUAACCGAAUAGAUAAAUUUAAGGAUUGGUUGAAGGAUCGCUACAAUAGGACUGGUAAUAUGGAGGAUUAUGAUGAAGGUGACUUUUUUGAUGGGGAUGAUAAAGAAUAUGAAGAUGAAGGGGAAGAUUUUGAAGGUAUAGAUGAAAGUAAAGAUGAAGAGGAGAUUGGGGGUGCGGACGAAGAGAACGAAGAUGAGGAUGAUGAGGAGUGGUCCUGGAAUUGGCCAUGGGGAGACGACGGCGAAGAAGAAGAAGAAGAAGAAGAAAGAGAGCUCGAAGACACUGAUAAAGAUAGCGAGGAAAGUUCAGAAAGUUGGAAUAUGUUUAAUGACCUAUUUGAAUUCUUUACCGGCUCAUCCGAGGGUGACAAUGACGACAAACAAGUCGAUAAGGAAGACAAAGAUAGGUAUGAUGAUAAUGAAGAGGAUCGCCAUGAAGAUGAUGAUGCUUAUGAAGGUGAAGGCGAAUAUAAUGAAGAUGAAGAUGAUGAAUAUUACGAUGAUGAAGAUGAGAAUGAAGAAGAUAGAGAGGAAAUAAAUAAUGGAGAAGCGGAAGAGAAAGAACUAGAAGAAGAAGCAGAAGAAUUAGAAGAAAAAUUAAGCGGCGAUAAAGGAGAAGAAGAAGAAAAUAAAAGUUUCUGGGAUUUCUUCUUUUAA